AUGCGGAUGUCAAGCCCUUCGGUGGAGCUGAGGCCUCUGCAGUGCGGCUUCAUUGCUGCUUCCCUCUCCCUCACUCCUGCAGCAGCAGCAGCAGCAACAGCAGCAGCAGCAACACCACCGACAGCAGCUGCAGCACAAGAGCCAGAAGAAACUACAGCAGGAGCAGGUGCUGCUGCUGCUGCAGAUGCUGCUGCUGCAGGUUGUGGGGUGGAUCUGACGAAGGGCCGGCGUUUGUCAGUCUCUUUCUGUUCAUCUGGACCUACAAUAGCAGCAACAGCAGAAAAGGAAGCAGCAGCAACAGCAACAGGAGAUGCAGCAGCAGCAGCAGCAGCAACCGAGGCUCAAGUCCCUGCGGCGCAAUCAGCAGAUGCUGUAGAAGCAGCAGCGGGGGCAGCAGCAGCGGCACCAGUGGAUGCUGCAUCUCUAGCACGAGCAGCAGCAGCAGACGCAGCAGCAACAGAAGCAGCAGCAGCAACAGAAGCAGCAGCAGCAGCAGCAGCAAGUUCAUUCUGGCCGUAUUGUGAAUAUCAGGAGGAGGUUCCUCUCGGUGGCGAAGUGUUGGAGUACUCGGAUAUGUGGGGUUGCAUGCAGACCCAAGAAGACACAGAAGCAGCAGCAGCAGCUGCUGCUGCAGCAGCAGCAGCAGCGGCAGCAGCAGCAGCUGCAGCAGCAGCAGCAGCAGAGGACACUAAAGGCAUGAAGGGCUCUAGCUGCUUAGAGGCUUUAGGACUAUCUCUCUACUGGAGGAGUGCUUGGUGGCAGUUAACUUCAAGACAGCAACUCAGCCCCACCUCUUCAGCAUUUGCUGCUGCUUUCCAGCAGCAGCAGCAGCAGCUGCUGCUGCUGCUGCAGCAACAGCACCACGAGAAACGCCAGCUACAGAAGCUGCAGGAACAAGGCUUCGUUUGUUAUUCUCCGCGCUUCCUCCUGUCUCUAAGUUGGGCCCUUCAGUGCAGCGAAGGAGACACUUCGCGCUGCUGCAGCAGGCUGCUGCUGCACUCCGCUGCAGCAGCAAACCAACGCUCCUCCACAAGUAUUGCCCCGCCGCCCCUGGAACGCACAACAGCAGCUGCAGCAGCAGCAGCAGCAAGCGCAGCAGCGGCUGCAGCAGCAGAUGCGGCGUUGGCGACUCCUGAAGCUAGGAUAACCAGCCGGGUGUAUGAACAGCAGCAGCAGGAGCAGGCUCAGGAGGAGCAGCAACAGCAGCAGCAGCAGCACAGGUUGUCUGUGAAUGUUGCUGCUGAUAUAUACCCCGUGCUGCUGCUGCUGCAGGACCAGCACCUGCUAGACGCUGCGGCUCUGUUUUGCUGGUUGGCGGUGAACCAUCGAAGACACAAGCAGCAGCAGCAGCCACAGCAGCAGCAGCAGCAGCAGCGACAGCAACAGCAACAGCAGCAACAUGAGCAGCGGCAGCGAGCAGAGGCUAAGAUUCACUUGCCAGUUGCAGGGCGCUCCGCUGCAGCAACGACAGCAGCAGCAGCAGCAGCAGCAGGAUCAGGCACCUUGCCUCCCCGCCCCUCAUGGCUGCCCCCUCCCCUCCGGUCUACAACAGCAGCUCCGCUAAGCAGCAGCAGCAGCAGCAGAAGCAGCAGCAGCAGCGGCCGCAGCGAGAGCGGGCCUGUGGGGAUGAGCCCGGGGUUUGGUGCUGCUGAGGCUAUAUCAAUGACUUCUUCUUCUGCUUUUGCUGCUGCUGCUGCUGCUGCUGCUUCUCCUUCUGUCUCUUCUUCUACUCCUGCUUUUGCUUCUCCUUCUUCUUCUUUGUCUUUACCUUCGUCGUCUGUCUCUUCUAUUUGCUCUGCCGUCUUGAUGCAGGUUGCUGAGGCAAACUGCAGCAUAACAGCCCCACAGAUUGAGGUGUACGUACACUCGGAUGAUAGUGCAGCAGAUGUCUCCCUCUCCUUCAGAGGAAGCAGCCUCUCCCUCACAGCCUCUCAACCAGCAGCAGCAGCAGCAGAAGCAACAGCAGCAGCAGCAUCUGCUGCUGCUGCUGCUGCUGGAGACGGGGGAAGGAGGGAGACAGCUGGGGUUUGUUCUGUUAAGAGGGGUUUGCUGUUGUCUCGUCUCUGUCUCUCUGUCUCUUCUCUUAGCAUCGGAGGCAGCGGGGCUGGGCCCUUCGCCCUGACCUGCGGCUCCUACAAACUACCCAGCAGCAGCAGCAGCAGCAGCAGCAGAAGCAGCAGCAGAAGCAGCAGCAGAAGCAGCAGCAAGCGGGGAAUAGGGUCCCCCCCAGCGGAAGCAGGAGAUUGUGACAAUGGAGUAUAUGAGGGCUGCUUCUCUCGCUGGCAGGCUGCUGCUGCUGCUGCUGCUGCAGCUGCUGCUGAGGCUUCUUCUGCUGCGUCUCGGGUGUCUCCGCAGCCAGCAGCUGCCCCCCUUUUGUCUCUUCGCGACGCCCUGCAUCCAGAAGAAGAGGAGAGUCAAGGGCCUGCGGUGUAUGUACACCUCAGCAGAGGAGACUGCAAAGAAAAUACUCACGACCUCCACUGUCUCCUUCACCACUCAGCAGCAACACAGCCCCUCGGAACGAAGCAGCAGCAGCAGCAACAGCAGCAGCAGCAGCAGCAGAUGCAGCAGCAGUCCCAGCAGCAGCAGCAGCAGCAACACUGGGGAGACAGUGGUAGGCUCUGGUGUCUCCGCCUAGCCCCUGUAGGGGUCUCCGGCAGUGUCUCCUUUCUUUCAGCUGCUGCAGCGCGGCUGAAGGCCUUUCACAAUGCAGCAGCGCAGCUGGGGGGCCCCGGGCCCCCCUUGCUUUUCUACACUGGCAGCGCAGACUUUCUAGAGGGGGAAGAAGACAUGCUGCAGCAGCAGCAGCAGCAGCAGAAGCAGCAGCAGCAGAUCCAGCAGCAAACGCGGGUCUCUGCUGCCUUUGAAGGGCUGAAGAUUCAGAUUUUUGCUGCUCAGCCCAGAGAGGGGGGGCAGCAGCCCUGUGCUGCUGCUGCUGGUGCUGCUAUAGGGACUAUCGCAAGCAGCAGCAGCAGCAGCAGCAGCAGCAGCAGACGCCUCUGGGGCAGACUGAGGGGGGCCCCUUUGGGGGGCCCCCUGGCGUUGUCUGGAGGGGCCCUGUGCCUCGAAGUCGGCCCCAGCGAAAUGCGGUUUGCACCUUUGUUGCAGCACCCCCAGCUCUGCUGCUGCUGCUGUUGCUGCUGCACAGCUGACAACAGCAGCAGCAACAGCAGCAACAGCAGCAGCAGCAGCAGCAACAGCAGCAGCAACAGCAGCAGCAGCAGCAGCAGCAACCCCACAACCUGCUGCUGCAGCCGGGCAGUGAAAGGUUGUGGGGACCCCUCUUUGUCUCUUUCUUUGACAGGCCUUUGUCUCUCCACUUGCCCCCUCCCCAGUGAAAGCCCCAAUUGCAGCAGCAGCAGCAGCAGCAGCAGCAGCAGCAGCAGCAGCUGCAGCAGAGCUGCUACCCAAGUUGGGGCUUGGUUCCCUGUUCUGCUGCCCGUGUCCUGCUCCUCUGUAGUGUCAAUGGUGCGGAAGGCUUCAGCAGAAGAUGGCACCGCAGCAGCAGCAACAGAGGGCGCAGCAGCAGCAGCAGCAGCAGCAGCAGCAGCAAAACCUCCACGGGCCUCAGAGACACAGCAGGAGCGACAUAGAGUCUCUGUCUCUGUUGCCGUUCAUCCGCUUGCUGUCUCCUUCACUCCUUCAUCUGUCUCUGCCCUCGUUGCUUUUUUUGCUGCGGCGCGAAACCUGACGCUGCAGCAGCAGCAACAGCAGCAACAGCAGCAGCAGGGAGAUGGGGCGCGUAGUACUGUCUCUCCUGCUGACUUUUGCUGUGCUGCUGUCUCUCCAAGAGAGGAACAGAUAGCAGCAAAAUAUCUUUUGGCUGCAGCAGAGAGCAAAGCAGCUCCAGGGGGACAGGAGACAGCUGCCUGCAGCAGCAGCAGCAGCAGCGGCAGCAGCAGCCGCCGCAGUAGUAGCAGCAGCGACAGCAACAGCAGCUACAGCAGCAGCAGCGAGAGCAGCAGCAGCAGCAGCAGCAGCAGCAGCAGUGAGUGCUUCUUUGAUGCCUUUGAUCCUCGAGAGUGGGGGUUAGACGAGGAGACAGCAUUAUGUUCGUCUUCUGUUGCUGCUGCAGCACACAGCAGCAACUCAGCACCUAAGAAGCCAAAGCUGCUGCUGCUGCCUUGGGGUGGUUGCUGCGAGGUGGAGGCCCGUUUGCUGCUGCGGCAGCUCUGCUGCGUCAUAUGCUACGUCCCCCAACAGCAGCAGCAUCAACAGCAGCAGCAGCAGCAGCAGCGUACAGAUGAAGCACGUAUGCUGCCUCAUUUGCUGCUGUCUCCUUCUUUGCUGUCUCCUUUCUCGCUGUCUCCUUUGCUGCAGCAAGCAGAACGUGUGGCUCUCUGCAGACAUCUUCAGGGGCCCCCUACUUCGUUUUGCUUCUCCCUUGACCUCAGACGCCUUAACGCCAGCCUCUUGCUCACCAACCCCCAGCAGCAGCAGCAGCAGCAGCAGCAGCAGCAGGGGCAGGAGACAGCUGCGGAGACGGACUCGCUGGUUACUGCAACUGUCUCCUUUUCUUCGCUGUCGGCGUGGGAGGCAGAGGGCCCGUGCUGCAGUGAGGAUGGGGGCGGGCUCAGACUUGCGGAAACAUCUGCUGCUGCUGCUGCUGCUGCUGCUGCUGCUGCUGGAGACACAGCUGCCACGGGAGCAGCAGCAGCCCUUGGAAGGCGGCAUGCUGCGCCUCAAGGCCAAAGCAGCUACAGCUGCUGCAGCGUCAGCAACAGCAGCAGCGGAGGUAAACCUACGUGCUGCAGCGGGAGUUGCUGGUGCUGUAGCAGCUGCAGCAGCAGCAGCAGCAGCAGCAGCAGGCGCCUGUGGGUUCAGGCUGUUCCGGUGUCUCUACGGAGGCCGCUGCUGGAGGUGGGUGUACUGCCCGAUGGCUCAGUUUGCUUCGAGCCUCCUUUCUGGGGAGAAGCAGCAGCGCAGCAGCAUUUCAGCAGCAGCAGCAGCUGCUGCUGCUGCUGCGCAGAAGCCCCUGCAGGUGCUGCUCAACGGGGGCCGCAGCGGAAGCCGAAGCAGCAACAGCAGCCUGCAGCUGUUGUAACUGUGGAUAUCAACGCUAUGAGGGAAAUGCAGCAGCUGCAGGAACCCUCAAAGAAAGCACAGCACCCUGCUGCUGCUGGUGCUUCUGCUGCUGGGGGCAAGAGAAGCAGCAGCAGCAGCAGGAGCAGCAACAGCGGGUGCGGGGCUGCACAGCGCAUGCGAGUUGCUUCGCGAAUUCAUUCGGUGUAUAUACAGCUGGGAGACGUCUCCCUAGCACGUCUGCAGCUGCUUGCAGCCAGGCUUCAAUUAGCAGCAGCAGCAGGUGCUGCUGGCGCUGCUGCUGCUGCAGGUCCUGCUGCUGCUGCUGCAUUGCGCGAAGGAGUCUUACAGAAGGGAGUGAAGCAGCAGCAGGAGCCAGGGGGGCUGCAGCAGCUUGAUGCGGACGUCUACAUUGGCAGUGUGAGCUGCUUGCUGCUGCAGCAGCCUCCACCUUCCCCCUGCUGCAGCAGGGCGUCUGCUGCUGCUGCUGCUGCUGGGCCUCAGUGGACAUCUCUUAGUUGCGCACAGCAGCCCCCGCUGCCUCUUCCUUCUGAUACCUUUAGUUUGCUGCGCCCACAGGCGCCGUCUCCUCCCCCCACAAUGCUGCUGCAGCAGCAGAUGCUGCAGCAACAGCAGCAGCAGCAGCAGCAAAUGGCGAGGCCCAUCGUCGCUGCUGUAGGGGAAGGGAUUGCCUUCCAGUUUGCUGCAGCCUCCGCCAGGCAACCGCCUUGUUCAGGGGAACGGCCCGCAACAGCACCCGCAGCAGCAAAGCCAGCAGCAGCAGCAAAACCAACAGCAGCAGCAGCAGCAGCAGCAGCAGCAAACUUACCGGAGGUACGACAUCUUUUGUUUGGGGUUGAGUGUCUCCACGUGGAGGACUGCCUCGCCCUCGAUAUGACUCCUCUCCCGUCUCCUAGUUGGCUCUCGCAGCAGCAGCAGCAGCAGCAGCAGCAGCAGCAGCGGCAGCAGCACUGCGCAGGCGGCGGCAGCAGCAGACACCAUACACGGGGCAGGCGGCAACGACGCGCCUCAGCAGCAGAAACAACAGCAGCAGCAGCAGCAAAAGAAAUCCUUGCUCUGCCGCCCUGCCGGCCCCCCAGCCGCUUCUCUCUUCUGCUGCAGCUGCUCUCUACGGAUAAGCAGCAGCAGCAGCAGCAGCAGCAGGAGCAGCAGCAGCAGCAGCAGAUGGGAGGGCUGCCAGUCACGAGCCCCUCCGGGGACUGGAAUACGGAUGGGCAAAGCACUGCAGCAGCAACAGCAGCAACAGCAGCAGCAGGAGCAGCAGCAGCAGCAAGUCGAGAGGUGGCGUUGGGCCUCUCUGUGGAGGCCCUGAGGCUGCAGCUCUGUGCUACAUUGGUUGCUCACGCAGGUGCCUGGGGCUUUAAGGUGACUUCGGACGCAGCUGAAAUUCGCCGGUGUCUCCUUUCGCUUGCUGCCAGCCUAAACGGAGACCCUAUGGAGGUGGGGACCCGCAGCAGCAGCAGCAGCAGCAGCAACAACAACAACAAAGCGAUUGCUGCUGCUCUUCCUGCUGCUGCUGCCCCGUCGAGGCAGCAGCUUUCAGGUAUUCGUGAGGCCGUUGCUGAGUUUUCUGCAGCAGAAGAGGGGAAGCCCUUCAGUUUCGCUGCUGCUGCUGACGGUGCAGCUGCUGCUGCACCGAGCGCAGCAGCCCUAGCAGCAGCAGCAGGAGCAGCAGCAAGCGACACCAGCCGAGUGUCUGAGGGUGCACUGUCUUCGGAUCCUUCCGCCUCCUCCUCUUCCUCUUCAAUAUCAGCAGCACCUGCUGCUGCUGCUGCAGAGCCUGCUGGUGCAGCUGCUGCAGCAGCAGCUGCUGCUGCUGCUGGUUCCUGUGUACGUAGGGGAGGGCUGCGUGAGCUGUCUGGGCUUCGGUUUGUGCUGCGGAGUGUCUCUGCAGCAGACUCCGCUGUCUCUGUCUCCCCUGAUGGGGUCCUCUGGCUGACAAUGCAUCUGCCUUCUCUGUCUCUUGCCCUCAACGGCCCCCAGCAGCAGCAGCAGCAGCAGCAGCAGCAGCAGCAGCAGCAGCGGGAGCAGCAGCAGCAGCAGCAGCAGCAGCGGGACGGGGGGUUUGUUGCUGGUGUGGAGGUGCAGCAAGCUCGGUGUCUCUAUCGAUCUGCUGCUGUCUCUUUGAAGGCCUUGUCUCUUUCAUUUGGCUGUCUCCCUUCGCCGUCUGGCUGUCUGCUGCAGCGCUGCUGCUACCCCUCCGUGCUGCUCGCCUCAGCCGGUCUCCUGCUGCUCUCUGUCCCCCUCCGCAGCAGCAGCAGCAGCAGCAGCAAUGAUCCAGAAGGGACGCUGAAAAUACAAAUGCUCCCUCUCCAGCAGCAGCACCAGCAGCAGCAGCAGCAGCAGCAGCAGCAGGAGGGAGAGGAGGGUUUGUUUGAAGGGGGGCUGCGUAUAUAUCUCGAUGCACUCCGUCUUCGUCUUGUGGGCAGCUGGGCGUGUGGCUGCUGCCUUGCACUUGCAGAGACAGCGCGCAAGCUGCAAGGCAGCUCUGCUGCUGCUGCUGCUGCUGCUGUUGCUGCUGCUGCUGCAGACAGAGACACCGCAGCAGCACCUGCUCUACUUGAUAGGGGCCCUAGAAGAUUCAUCAGUGGCUUUAGAAGGCUGCUGAGGUCUGCGCAGCUUUGCUCUCUCCAGCUGUAUGUACACCGCAGCGUGAUCCUCCUUGCACCCGGAGACCUCCUCAGCAGCAGCAGCUGCUGCUGCAGCAGCAGCAGCUGCAGCAAUUGCAGCCUGCGAACCUGCUCCUGCUGCGGCACCUCGGAAGGGAGGCGAGACCCCGAAGGAUGGGUUGUUGCUGCUGCAGCAGCAGCAAAUCUCAGCCUCCAGCUUACAGGAGACGGUUUGCUGCGCUCCGCCAGGUCCUCCCUCAAAGGCCCACGUGUAUUUGUUGCAGCAACGCAGCAGCAGCAGCAGCAGCAGAAACAGCAGCAGCAGCACCGGGAGGAACGCCGUCGAUGCAGGCACUCGGCAGCAGCAGCCAGCACCACCAACGGCAGCAGCAGCAGCAGCAGGAGGCUGGUGCUGUAUCAAGCAGUGUGCGGGUCUGCAGGGCCUCCUUCUGCAUCUGAUGUGUCUCUGUUGCUGCCGGAGGGGACCCUCGGCUUUGGCUGCUGCUGGCGGCAGCAGCAGCAAAUUGUCUCUCCACCCCCGCAGGCCCUAAACAGCAGCCACUCAGCAGCAGCAGCAGGGAGGACCUACCCUGCUGCUGCUGCUGCCGUUGCUGCUGGACCUAGGGAUCUACGGUAUUACCUUUCCUCCCAGCAGCAGCAGCAGCAACAGCAACAGCAGCAGCAGCAGCAGCAGCACGAGGGAGACAGGGAGAUGUUGUUAGGAGAUUUCUCUGCACCUCCUGAGUACCCAGAAGGUGAAGACGAAGAUAAAGCUGCAGAGGCCUGGCAGCUGGAGUUGGUGCAGCGGCAGCAGCAGCAGCAAACAGCAGCAGCAGGAGCAGCAGCACCAGCAACCUCCACAGCAGCAGCAGUAGGAAAGCAGGGAAUCGGGAGCGGGCUACCAACACAGCAGCAGCAUCAGCAGCAGCAGCAGAUGCAUCAGCAGCAGCAGCAGAUGCAGCACCAGUCUCUACAAUGUUUGGUAGUGGUGCCGCAGGUGCAUGUGCUGCUGCUUCCUGCUGCAGCAGCAGCACACGUACGCCGUUUGCUGCUUGACCUUUGGUUUGCUGCGAAGGCAAUUAAAGAGUCUGUACAAGAGACAAGAGGAUGCCUCUUCAGAAGUGCAUCGACUUCUCUUUCAUCAUGGGCCUCCGCUUCCCUCUGUUCCUUAGACCGAUCUUUCACAGAAGGGACCCUCGAAGCAGCAGCAGCAGCAGCAGUUGCUGCUGCUGCUGCUGCUGCUGCUGCUGAUUCCCGUGCUGCUUCUGUUCCUGCUGCAGCGGAAGCAGCAGCUGCUGCUUCUGCUGCUGCUGCAGCAGGAAUGAGAGACACACAGAGUGGCCUCUUUGGACCGUCGGUUUCAUUUGAAGAGCUGCGCAGCGAGUGCAACGCAACAGCAGCAGCAGCAGCAGCAGCAGCAGCAGCAGGAGAGUUACCAGUCUCCGCAGCAGGGGAGAUUAGCUUCUCUUCUAAUGAAGAACCAAACGAGAGCAGCAGGGAUCCAUUGCUCGACGAAGAAGGGGUUUUGAGGGCCUCUCUUGUUGGAGCAGCAACAGCAAAUGCGCAGCAGCAGCAGCACCAGCACCAGCAGCAGGAGCAGCAAACGAGGGGCCUCUGGCUGCCUAUCCCGGGCUCUGCAGCAGCAGCAGCUGCUGCUGCUGCAGCAGCAGAGGGACUGCCCCGCACUUCUGUUACUGCACAUGUGAAGGUGCAUGUCUUCUCUAUCUGGCUUGUGGGGCCCCUUCCGGAGGACGGCUUCAGAGCAGACGCAAGGGCCCUACCCCGCUGCAGCUGCAGCAGCAGCAGCAGCAGCAGCAGUAGUAAUAGUAGCGGCAGCAGCAGGAACGUGUGGGGAGCGGCAGAGGGAAACCCGAUGGCUGUGCAUGGAGGGUCAGCUGCAGCGUCUGCUGCAGCAGCGGGACCGAGUGGGGAUCGUCCCUGGGAUCGUCUCCUCCCGGCUGAAGGCUUUGCUGUGGGGCCCCACAGCUGCGCCCCUCUGGCUCCUUCGUGGGCGUGCCCGCAUACACUGCAGUGCAGCACUACUGCUGUCUCCUUCGAGUUAGAUGCGAAGCUAAUAACCGAAGACUUAGGAUUUCCUGCUGCUGCUGCUGCUGCUGUUGCUGCUGCUGCAGCAGCAGCAGCAGCAGCAGACAACACGGAAUCAGACAGCGCGUCGCCGCAGUCGGGAAAAGAGACAGAGAGACACCUGCAAGCAGAUACUGCUGCAGCAACGCCAAUCAGCAGCAACAGCAGCUACAGCAGCAGCUACAGCAGCAGCAGCAGCGAGAGCGACAGCGACAGCGACGGCAGCAGCGUGAGCACUGACAGCAGCAGCAUCAGCAGGUACAGCGGCAGCUACAGCAGAAGUAGCAGCAGCAGCAGCCUGAUCAGCAGUAGCAUCAGCAGCAAUGGGAGCCGCCGCCGCCGCCGUCGUCGCCACAUGAGAAGCAGCAGCAGCAGCAGCAGCGUGAAGACAGCGCUGUGGCUAGAGCAGCAAGCCGAGCGUUGGCUGCCUGCCCUUCGCGUAGAUGCAGAGUUGAGGCGCUGCGUCUUCCUGGGAGGGGCCCUCUGUCUUCCUCCUUCUCCUCUCACCUUACGCUCCUCCUCAGCAGCAGCAGCAGCAGCAGCAGCAACACCAGCAGCAGCAGCAGCAGCAGGGGCGGUGUUCCUGCGGCAACGGCGACAGAGGCAACAGCAGCAGCAGCAGCAGCAACAGAGGCACCAGCAGAAAGACACACCACCUCCGGAAGAAGCGAAGACGCCCUUAAACUUGUGGGGGGCCUCUAAUCCCCUGCAAUGUACAUACGCUGCAUCAGCAGCAGCAGCAGCAGCAACAGCAGCAGCAGCAACAGCAGCAGCGGGAGGGCACUGGCCUUUGGGUUCGCAACAACAACAACAACAGCAGCAGCAGCAGCAGCAAAUCGGCAUGUGCGUGCUGCUGCUCCUAGCUGACCUGUCUGUACACCCGCUGGUGGAGUCUCCCUUUUGCUUCUCUAUUGUAAUGACGUCGCGGCGGAAGGCGCUGCCAGAGCAGCAGCAGCAGCUGCUGCAGCAGCAGUUGCUGCAGCAGCAGCAGCAGCAGCAGAAACACUGUGAGUGCCGCAUUGAGGCUUUUCUGUCUCCUGUGCUGCUGCUGUUGACUGCGGACGACGCUGCUGCGUUGCGUGAAGUUGCUGGCAGCUACUCAGCAGCAUCUGCUGCUGCAGCAAGAGCAGCAGCGAAUGCUGCUGCGUCAGCUGCUGCAGCAAGGGCAGCAGCAACUGCUGCUGCUUCUGCUGCUGGGCCCGUCCGCUGUAGCUGCAGGAUAAGGGGCUUUAUGCGGAGACGCCGUAACAAAACUUCCUCUCAACGGCUGCACGCUGCAGCAGCAGCAGCAGCAGCAGCAGAAGAAGCCUCAGCAGCAGCAACAGAAGCAGCAGCAGCAGCAACACCAGCAGCAUCAGGACGCCCAUCAUCUUGCACUGAAGACGGUGAAAGUGUUGCUGGUAGAACCACAACAACAACAACAGCAGCAGCGGCAGCAGCAGCAGCAGCAGCUGCUGCUGCUGCUGCUUCUGACGAGCAGCAGUCUGCUUCACGGUGGAGCUACGCUCCUCCUCUUACCCCUACUGACAAUAGGGGGCCCCUGGGGGCCCCCCUAAGAGGGUGCAUAACUUGGCGAGUGUCAGUGGAGGCGGACGCGCUGCAGCUUACAGCAGCAGCAGCGCAGCAGCUGCUGCUGUUCACGCGUCUCUGCUGCAGCGAUGUUGCUGCGCAAGCUCUGAGGUCUUCAAACAGCCCCACAGACACAGUUGUCUCCUUGCAGAUUAAACAGGUGUCUAUGCAGGUGACGGAGACUCGGGAGGAUGCGGUAUUUGGGAGUUGCGUCUUGCAGCAGCAGCAGCAGCAGCAGCAGCGGCAGCUGUGUGGCCGUUGGCUGUACCACCACAGCCCUUCUCAGCAACAGCAGCAGCAGCAGCAGGCUUGCAUUGUGCUGCCUCUGCUGUCUCCUGUGUCUGUUGCUGCUGCUGCUUACCCCUGCCGCUCUCCGUCCCCUUCUAUCAUUCUGCGCUUUGAUAGUCAGGCAGAGAUAACAGCAGACCCCAGACAUCUUCGUUCGCUUAGCUGCCUCGCCCCUCAGUUUGCUGCUGCUCUCAGCAGCAGCAGCAGCAGCAGCAGCAGCAGGAGGGUGUAUGAGGUGCUGUAUGUUCGCCCGUUCUUAUCUGCUGAAGCUCUGCGUCUUCUCUUUGCAGUGUCUCCCUUCACUCCUCAGCUGCCUAUACACUUCAACUACCGCCGCACCUUUUGCUUCUCUCCUCAUAUCUCAGGCUGGGCUGCAGCAUAUAGAGGAGCCUUCGCGCCUGCAGCAGCAGCAGCAGCUGCAGCAGAGGCGGCAGAAGCACUGAGACACAAGCAGCAGCAGCAGCAGCAGCAGCAGCACCGGCGGCGUAUGCAUGCAUGCAGCACCGAUCUGCAGCAGAUUGGCAGCUCUGUUAGCGAGGCGGAUGAAUUGUUAGCUGCAGACAUCGCCUCCUCCUCUGCAACGGCAGCAGCAGCUGCAGCAGCAGCAGCAGCAGCAGCAGGAGGCUGCACUCGAACUGCUUCUGCUGCUUCUGUAUCCAGCUUUGCUGCUGAAGAGAAAAUACAAACAGCGCGGCUCUCCCCGUACACCGCCGGCAUCUUGUACGAUUUAAGACAGCUGCCGAGUUACUGUCUCUCUUCAGUCAGGGAGAAUUGUCUGUGGCUGCGCAACAGCAGCUCGCAUGCACUCGCUUUUCGUGCUGUCAGCAGCAAAGGAGGAGGCAGCAGCAGCUGGCAGACGGGGGUGCUGCCUCCGUCCUGGGAGGCGUUGCUGCUGCAGCAGCAGCAGCAGCUGUCUAUACACCUGGCUGUUCUCAAUCCUUCUCAGCCUCUUGUCUUCCCUCCUGCGCAUACUUCUCCUCUGUUUACUGACUGCGAUCCCUUACUAGCUCACCUGCAGCAACAGCAGCAGCAGCAACAGCAGCAGCAGCAGCUGCUGCUGCAGCACCAGCAGCUGCAGCAGCAAGAGGAGGAAGAGCAGGAGGAGGGCAGCUGUGAGGUAAUGGGCGGCCCCAUCGGCCGUAGAUGCUCCUUUAUAAAAGCAAAAGAUAUCUUAGAAGAAGGUGCAGCAGCAGGAGGGUUAAUAGUUGUGCUGCAGAGACAGAAAGGAGACAGCAGCGUAGACAUCUGCUGCCCGCUCAACGUUCGCAGUCUUCUUCAUCUGCCUGUUGAACUCAACUUCCUAGCGGAGAGAGACCCUGCAGCGGUAAGACAUGCAGCAGCAGCAGCAGCAGCAGCAGCAGCAGCAACAGCAGCAACAGCAGCAGCAGUAGUAGUAGCAGCAGCAGGAAGAGAAUACAGCGGGUUUUGGCUUUGGUUGAUUAUUCUACGAAAAUAUAUAAAAAUAUAA